AUGAUGGAAGGUCUUCCCAUAGAUACCUCCCACCCCGCGGUCAGGGACUACCUUGCACUCGUUCGCUUGCAGGUACUCACGCCGCUUUCUCUGCUCAUCAACAUUGCGACUGUCAUGGUGUGCAGUUUGGUCGUUAGUCCUAGCCUCGGCAGUAUAUCGAAUCUUUACCCGGCUUCCAUUUCUCCAAACCCAUCCAUGAUUGCUAUCUAUAUCACUGCAAUAUACAUUGGCCAGAUUGGAUACUGUGUCCUGCUCGUAUUGGCUCGAAAGCCGGAGACUAAGAAGGCUCUCGUAAAGGGCGUAGGUCUCCCGCUUGUCCUGGCAAAUUGGGUCAUGGCGGGUUGGGCCAUCGCAUGGGUCCUGCAAGCUUUCCUGGUGUCUACGGUUCUGCAGGGCAUUCUGCUUGUGCUCCUCCUGUAUGCCAAUGCGGUGCUGCUCGUUUAUCAUCCACCGACAACUUCACGACCCUUCGACAUGGCGCUAAUCCAUGCGCCCAUGCGCGCCUUCCUCCUCUGGCCGCUCGGCGUGAUGUUCCCCUACAGCCUUUUCAUAACGCUCGGCUUCACCUGGACCCCGGGCGAGCCGCAGCACUACGCUCGCCACCAAUGGGCCGGUUUCUCCGUCAUGCUUGGAGUGAACUUACUCGGGCUGGUCGUCGACGUCUUCCAGCGCGACAUCGUAUGGUGCGUCGCUGCGAGCUGGAUAUGCGCGAGUAUAUGGAGCCUCAGGCCGAAGCCAUUCCCUGUAUUUAUUACGGUCGUGCUUUUCACGAUUAUCCACCCACUCGCGCUCGUCGCGUCUGCACUGUGGGUUCGCCUGCGCGGGAGGCAUCCGAAUGGUGCCAUUGCACUACCGCCUGAUGAGGAGCAAUCACCGAGAGAGGAGAGGCCGCCUCGCGAGGUGGAUACGGACGCGUUGUGGGGGUGA